AUGUCGUCUAUUUGGCAAGUUAUACGAUUGCAUUAUGGAUUCCAAUCAACAGGCUCCCACUUCUUAGAUUUUAAUACCAUUGUACUUCAACCAGACGAACGCCCCGAAGACCUUUAUCAACGCCUCAUGUCCUUCAUAGAAGACAACCUCCUUUCUCAAAACGGACACAUUAGCCAUCAUGGUAUCGUACCUAGUGAGGAUGAAGAAUUGACACCUUCUUUAGAGAACAUGGUCGUACUCACAUGGAUUAGAUUAAUCCACCCUGAUUUACCUCAACUCGUUAAGCAGCAUUAUGGGACGGAACUCCGCUCUACAACUCUUGCAUCGCUAAAACCAGAGAUAUCCCUCGCUCUAGACUCUUUAUUAGAUGAGGUAAAUUCUGCUGUCGAGUCUAAAGUAUUUCGUACUGUGACAAGAGACCUACUCCGCCAAAACACUCACAAACCUUCCAGGACAAUGACCAAUGCUCCAAUAACCAACAGCAAACUGUGUCCUUUGUGCAGUCAAGCCAACCGACCUAACAACAAACAUUUCUUGAGUAAAUGCCCCUACCUUCCAGUUAGUGACAAACGUUUUAUGAACAAAGCCCGACAAGCUUCCUGCUUCCAUGAUGAGGGUAUAGAUGCUAAUGAUCCAACCCCAGACGUAGAUAGUCUAAAAAUUUAA